CAAGGCAAGUUAAAAAGUGUACAGGGAAGACACCCAGGGGAGAAACUAAAGGGAGAAAAGGAAACUCUGAGAGAAGUGACUAUGAUGGAUAAAAAUAGUCUCACAGAAGAAAGGUGCCAGCAUUAUAAGGAAUAUCAGAAAAGCUUCUGUCCAAAAGUUCCUAUAGGAGACAGAAAUGAUAAAGGUGAUGAACAUGGCAGCAACCUCAGUCAGAACUUGGAUCUUAGUAAACAUAAGGAAAUUGACCCAGGAGAGCAUCCUCACAACUGGAAUGAGUGUGAGAAAAGUUUCAUUCUUUCAUUUGUUGAGCGUCAACUUAUCCCCACUAGAGAAAAAACUCAUCAGCAAAGCAUUUCAGUCUCCCAUGAAAGGAAUUGCCGGAGAAUUCAUACAAGUGAGGGGUCUAAUGAAUAUAAUGAAUGUGGAACAAGGCUUAGUUCUAGUUUAGUCCUUAAUGAUUCUCAGAAAAUUCAGGCCAAGGAGAAACCUCAUGUAUGUGAUGUCUGUGGAAAAACUUUCAGUUGGAGAUCACGGCUUAUUCAGCAUCAAAGAAUCCACACUGGAGUGAAACCCUUUGAAUGUGAAGAGUGUGGAAAAUUCUUCAGUGAGAAAGCAUACCUUAUCCAACAUCAGAGAAUUCACACUGGGGAGAAACCCUAUAUAUGUAGUGACUGUGGGAAAGCCUUCAGUUAUAGAGCGCAGCUUUUUCUACAUCGAAGAAUCCACACUGGGGAAAAGCCCUAUAAAUGUAAUGAAUGUGGGAAAGCCUUCAUUCAGCGCUCAAGGCUUAUUCAGCAUCAGGGAAUACACACUGGAGAAAAACCCUUUGGGUGCAGUCAAUGUAAUAAAUAUUUUAGAUAUCGCUCAAAUCUUUUUAAACAUCAAAGAAUCCAUACAGGAACAAAACCCUAUGAGUGUGAUGAAUGUGGGAAAGCCUUUAGACAGAGCUCACGGCUUAUUCAACAUCAGGGAGUCCACACAGGAGAAAAGCCCUAUGAAUGCAAUCAGUGUAAUAAAUGUUUUAGUUAUCGCUCAAAUCUUUUUAAACAUCAAAGAAUCCACAGUGGAGAGAAACCAUAUGAAUGUGAUAAAUGUGGUAAAGCCUUUCGACAGUCUUUUGAUCUUAAUAGACACAGGAAAAUCCACACUGGGGAGAAACCCUUUGAAUGUGAUGCAUGUAAGAAAAGCUUUAGUAGGAAUUCUCACCUUAUUCGACAUCUCAGAAUCCAUGCUGGAGAAAAACCCAGUGAUGUAGUCAAUGGCAUAUAAAAUUUUAUUGGUUCUUAAUUCACUCUCUGCAAAUUAAUGCAAAGAAGAAAAACUGAGUUAACUGAAAUGGGAAACCUUUCAUUAUAAGGUAUUUACCUAAUUCAGCAUUUGAGAAUCCAGAAAGAAAAAAAAUUCUGAGCAUGAUAUCGAUCCUGACUUGCUUCUUUAGUUGAUCACUUGUCCUUGAUACCUGUCAGCUUUGGGGAUAGUGGUGCAGCUUUGAGGCUAAGGACAAGGAGAAGGGACCCAUAAGGAGGAUAGCUCCUUGAACUGUGCCCUAUGUAUACCUGUUUGGGGGCCAUCUCCAGUCCUGAUCUUGCCCCUGGACCCAGAUGGCUCCAGAGGAGAAGUUAAGGCUGGUGACCUUG